CACUUUAGCCAUGGCUCCUUUGAUGAACGACGAUGGGCCGUCUAACGAGCCAGCAGCUUCCUCAGCAAAACCGCGGCUGCUCAUCAUCGGCGCAGGCAGCCGAGGAAAUGGCUACGCCAGAGCAGUCGUCGACUCCGGCCUGGGUGUCGUGGCGGCGGUAGCUGAGCCAGUUGAGUUCAAACGGAAACUCCUCGGAUCACGAUUCAUUUGGCCUGGUGCGGAUGCCACGCCGGAGCAAGAGUUCGCUGGCUGGAAACAGUACAUCAAGUACGAGCAAGAGCGACGGAAGGACGAGGCUGCUGGCGUUCCUGUGCCUCCUGGUGUUGAUGGAGUCUUCAUCUGUGUCCACGAUGAGCAUCAUAUUGAAGUCCUGACAGCGAUUGCACCUCUCGGCCUGCACGUUAUGGCUGAAAAGCCGCUGGCAACUACCUUGGCAGACUGUCUGAAGAUUGAAAGAUCGAUUCGGGCUGCAGAGGAACGCAUUUUCGCAAUUGGUCAUGUGCUGCGAUACAGCCCGCACAACAUGCUCCUCCGCCAUCUUGUUCGUGAGAAGCGGAUCAUUGGCGAUAUCUUGUCAAUCGAGCACACGGAGCCUGUUGGCUGGUGGCACUUCAGUCACUCGUACGUCCGGGGCCAUUGGCGCAAAGAAAAAACGACCGCUCCCAGUCUACUGACAAAAAGCUGUCAUGAUAUUGACUUCAUCCUGUGGAUGCUGUGUUCACCCCUUCCAGACAGCAAAGAGUCGACUCAUCUUCCAGCUCGAUUGAGCUCGUCUGGCUCGCUAAAGCAGUACAGGCGUUCACAGAAGCCAAAAGAGGCCGGCGAAGCUACGAAUUGUGUCUCAUGCCCGAUUCGAGAUACAUGCAAGUACUCUGCUGUUCGAAUCUAUCACGAUAGACACCUUGCUAAAGGCAAUGCGAAGUGGCCUGUAGAAAUUGCUAAUCCAGAAGUUGAACAUUUACUCACGACGAAAGGCGCCGAGAGCGCAAAGCAAGCUCUUUGGAAAACACUCAGAGAAGACUACGAUGCGAAAACCACACCUCUUGCAGAUAUUGAAGGCAGGUCCUGGUACGGCAGGUGCGUUUGGGAGAGUGAUAACGAUGUUUGCGAUGAUCAGUAUGUGACGAUCGAAUGGGACGACCACUCACCUGGUCUAGGAGCCAAGACAGCCUCUUUCCACAUGAUUGCUCAGUCUCUGGCUCAAUGCGAACGCAGAGGACGGAUUUACGGCACGUCUGGAGAGAUCGCGUACGACAGCAAAAGCAUCACGGUUCACGACUUUAAGAAUGAUACGACAGAAACGUUUAAUCCAGAAGUGCCGAAGAAUUCGCACCAUGGAGGUGGAGAUGACGGCCUGACGCAGCAGUUCUUGAAGGCCAUCAUCGCGACUAAUAGUGCAUCGAUGAGCGUCGCAGCAGCUCAGGUGGAGUACCUUGGCUGUACGAUGGAAGAAAUCAUACGUUCGCACGCGGCCGUCUUCGCGGCGGAAGAGGCCAGGAGAGAGCGUACAAUCAUCGAUUGGCAGCAGUGGUGGCAGCGGAACGUGGCGGGUACAGCAAACAGUAGUGCUUCUUGAAUCCGGGCACGGCGCACUUUCUCCUCACACGCAGGCACCGAUCAUUGUCAGGCAUACGGCAUUGGCGGCGCUGGCACCGACUACAUAUGACAUAAGUUGACCUCACUCGGAUCCUGGCACAGGCUAGCCAUUUUGGCACAAGCGCAGUGCUGCCGCGCGUGCUUUUCUCAACAUCACUUCGAUUCAGUCCGGCAUUACAUGUUGCUCCCGCAUGCACUGAACCAGUAGAGGAAUUGAAUGCGAAGCAUCGGUCCACCAAUUCUCCUUCGCGUCCGCGUGGGCGUCUUGCCGAACAGAACCGCAAUGCUGAGGAUGGAGAA